AUGGACUGGGACGAGGUUUCUGUCCAUUAUGACCGCGAGAUGGAUCCGUUGAUUCGCGACCGUAUCCUGCGCAGAGCUGCUGUCCGGGAGCUGCUGGAGGAGGCUGGAGGAGGAGAUUGCAGCGACCCCAAGAUGACGAUUUACUUCGAGCCUUUGCGAUUAAAGCUCUCGAAUAGGGAGGUGGUGCGGUUCCAAAGCGAGGUGUGGUCCUGCCACAUGCCCGCUGGCCUUGCCUUCUUUGAGGUCGAUGCUGAAAGGUCUCGAAAAAUGAAGGUCGGACGCUUCGAGACGUACGUGUUCCUUUAUGUGAUUUGCCCCUUGCGGGACGGCAAGGAGUUUGCUGCAGGAGGAUCAUGGUUGCCGCAGGAGUGGGAGGGCUGCUAUGAAGUGGAAACCAAGUCGGGCAGAGGCGUUCAUGGCUACAGGUGGCAGCGUCUUAGCCAAAUUCAGGUCGCUACCGCGGCAGAUGAGAACUUGGUCGACUGGCUGCAGAGCUUCAUCUGCGAUCGCCGUUCGGAGCUCCUUUCGGCAGCGCGGGAUCUGCAAGGACUGCCGCAGACCGGGCCAGCUGCCUGCUGCACUUGGAAGACCCCAUCUGCGCGAUGCUUCUUCCUGCUGCUGGCAGCAGCAGCCGAAAGUGAAGCCUGGAUCCAGCAGCGCGACCAGCAGGGCUGCCUGCUGUCCGAUUCGCAAGUGGAGCAGGUUGGAGAGGAGGGGCGCAGGAUAUCCGAACGGUCGAAGCUGGUACAGCGACUUUUUGCACACCUGCAGGCACCCGCUCCCGUCGAGUUUCCUGGAAAAUGCUGGGGAUCCUCGAGCCCCAAGGAGUUGCUGCUGCUCUGCGCGGAUGCUUCGCAGAGCGAGGAUUGGCAAAGGUACAAGGACGACUACCACUUCGACCUUUUGGAGUGGGAGAGCUGGGCCUCGGGUUUGCCGGGGACGACGGUGGCGUGGAUGCAG